AUGCAUAAGGCUGUGUAUUAUUUUUGUGCUAACUCUCAGAACAUCAGAAACACAGAAAACAGACUGCUUCUCCUCCUUCUCUUCUGUACCCAGGAAUACAGAACGGUGAAAAGCAAACCAGUGUUGUGGAUUACAUCAACAAAAGGCUUCUAUCAUCCUGCAUCAACUUCGAAGACACACACAUUCAUAUCCAGAAACUUGAACAGCUUGAAGAAGCUCUAUGCAGUGGUGAUGGGUUUUCUCAACUCGCUUCGGAUUCGGUUCAUUAUGAACCAUGGAAUUUGUCCACGUGGCUUGAACGGAUACGAGUUCAAUCCGGACCCGGUUUCUGACCCGUCGACGCUUACUUCCAUCAAUCUCUGGAAUCACCAACGGAUUCCCGGUAUGGCUAUGUAUAAUGACAAUACUAUCCCUCUUUCUUUAUCCGUUUUCCACCACUAGGGAUCACAAACGCUUGAAGACUGAGUUGUACUUGUCCGAGUCAAUUCGUCCGGUCAUCUCUGUUCACUCACAAGAGAACGGAAUUCGACUCGUUCAUGCUUUAAUGGCGUGCGCUGAAGCCGUUCAGGAAAACAACCUCGCCAUCGCCGAAACCUUCGUCAAGAAUAUUCGGUUGUUUAUUCUGGUUAAUGGUGGGGGUUCACGGGAUGAAUAGUUUGGAUUUUUUAAAUUCUGUUUUAGCCCAACUGGUUGGAGUUUGAGGAUUUUUGGAUUUCUGUCGACCAGAAUGAAUUUCUGGAUUUCAUGUUAUAUAAAUACGCACUGAAACUGCAAAAUUAGUAUA